AUGGUCUGCAAAGAUGAAAUCGCAGGCGGUCUCUCAGAACGUAGCAGAAAGCAGAAGCCUCUGCUUCAGAAAUCUCGAACAUGGGGUGUUUGGCCAACGUUUUCCCCAUGGCGGGAAGUGGAAAUUAUCGAGAGUUUUCGCCGAUUGCCUCACCAGUUGCGCGGCCCCCCGUUUUCGCCCACAGACUGGCGCAAGCAAGCCACGAACGACAGUGCCAGAUCAGGAGGCCCGCUCUCGGUCAUGGAGCGAAACAAGUGGCUCUCGGGAGUCGAAGGACUCACUUACAGUCUUGCACAGCAUCUUCUGUCGCCCCACGAUCAAGGGUUGUGGGUUCCUGGCGUCGUGUUCUAG